AGUAUCUGAAAGAUGUUGAGUUUCUCUGAGUUUACUCUCUUUAAAUUUUUAAAUCUCCUGAGAUACCCCUUUGAGUUCACUGUGGUGCCCUGGGGCACCUUGGCACACAGUUUGGGAAUUACCACUUUAAGUGAUUUGCUCAGGGAAAAAUACAGGUAGAAGGAGGCAGAGCCAGAAUUUAAACUUGAAUAUUUUGACUCCAAGUCUUGCUGAUAAACCAUUUUUAGGGCCUUUCCUAUGAGAUCAUGUUUCCCUUGCCACUCAAAUUUUCAUUUGAAUUCAAGGUUCAACAAGGAAAAUAUGACCCACUCGAAGUCUUUAAAACAGAGGAAAUUUAUUAUGGAGAAUUACAUUGGUGAUAGAAGAGAUGAGAAGCCCAGGGGACAGUGAGGCAACUCAGAUACGAGCAACCACAGGAAGCCAAGCUCACUCCCAUGGCUGCAGGAUCGAUGGGAAAGAUAGUGUUAUAGGGACCCAGAAGCUAAGGUUGGCAGCUGGACCCACAAUGGAGAUGCAGCCACUGCCAGAGACAUCUCAGGGUGGAGAAAGAGAGGGGAGGAAGUAUCCUGAUUUCUUCCUUUCUCCUGCCCCGAGUCUUCCCACCAAUGCCUCUGAUUGGACACAUCUAGCUAGAAGCCAGAGAGCAAGGGAACCUGGGAAAUGUAGUCUCUUAUGGUAUGGAGCAUAGUAUGAGGGGGAGAGAAUGGAUCUGAGCAAACAGGCAAUCGACUGGCAUUACAAAAUGUUGUGUAUACACUUUAUUCAUUCUAUAAUUCCUGUAGCAAAUGUUUAUUGAGGACCUACUAGGUGCCAGGUAUCAUGCUAGGUGCCAUAAUGAGCAAAACAGACCAGAUCACUGCUCAUAAGGGGAUCAAAGACCAACAUAGGAGAAGGAGAAUAAACACGAACUAUCUGAAGUGUGUUAAGUGCAAUGAAGGAAACUAUCACAGUGCUGUGAGAGAGCUAGCGAUUUAGAGGAAGGGGCAACCUCCCACUGUUUUAAGUCUAGUUAAUUGACUAUACGUAUGUGUGUAGAAAACUUGUGUUCAGGAGAGGACAGAAUAUUUAUACCUAGAAAAGUUUAGAAGAAAGAUAUCGACUCAUUCAUACUUAACAUCUGGAUUACAGGGCUUUAUUGUCUCAAAGCUGUCUGUGAUUGUGUGUCACAGAUUGUGUGUGUGUGUGUGAGAGAGAGAGAGAAAGAGAGAGAGAGAGGCAGAGAGAACAGUACGAAGGAAGACUCUUAGAAAAACAUUCUAAGGAGCCAGAGGGCUCACAGCAGCUAAUCUCCAUCAUGCUUUCCAGGCCCCACCCCCCUUCCUUCUCAUCAUAACUUGUGAUCUUAGAGGCAUGAAAGAAUUUGAGCCCCUCCCCCAGCCUGACCAUCUCUGUUGGCCGCUCAGCCAGGCUGCACCUCAAAUCCAGCUGGGAGCGCAAACCCCAGGGCCACGCAAGAGGUGGUGGGCUCGCAGGCAGGUUCCUCACCCAGUGGCCAUGGGCGACAGCAGUGGGCAGCCUGGCAUCCACACCUACAAAUCCCUCGCUGAGGAGGGCUCCUUCGGCUCUCUGGAGCCGCCCAAAAGACCCACAGGGAGCCUGGUCAUGCACAGCAUGGCCAUGUUCGGCCGGGAGUUUUGCUACGCGGUGGAGGCGGCCUACGUGACCCCAGUCCUGCUCAGCGUGGGCCUGCCCAGGAGUCUCUACAGCAUGGUGUGGCUCCUGAGCCCUGUCCUGGGAUUCCUGCUGCAGCCCGUGGUGGGACUGGCCAGCGACCACUGCCGGGCCCGUUGGGGACGGCGGAGACCCUACAUCCUCACGCUGGGCAUCGUGAUGCUCCUGGGCAUGGCUAUGUACCUUAACGGGGACGCUAUCGUAUCAGCUUUGAUUGCUGACCCAAGGAAGAAGCUGAUUUGGGCCAUCAGCGUCACCAUGAUAGGUGUGGUUCUCUUUGAUUUUGCUGCUGACUUCAUUGAUGGGCCUAUCAAAGCCUACUUAUUUGAUGUCUGCACCCAUCGAGAUAAGGAAAGGGGCCUCCACUACCAUGCCCUCUUCACAGGUUUGGGAGGUGCCCUGGGUUACCUUUUGGGUGCCAUCGACUGGGCCCACCUGGAACUGGGAAGACUGCUGGGCACAGAAUUCCAGGUCAUGUUCUUCUUCUCCUCGUCGGUGCUCACUUUGUGUUUUAUUAUCCAUCUGUUCAGUAUCCCUGAAGCCCCGCUUAGAGAUGUUGCCAAGGACAUUCCCCCACAGCAAGCCCCUCAGGACCUUGUAUUGUCAUCAGACAGAGCGUAUGAGUAUGGGUCUAUUGAGAAAGUUAAAAAUGGUUAUGUACACCCAGAGCUGGCGCUGCAGGGAGAAAAAAACAAAAAUCCUGCUGAACAGACUCGGAGGGCAGUAACCGUGAAGUCACUGCUGAGGGUGCUGUUGAGCAUGCCUCCCCACUACCGCUGCCUUUGCAUCAGCCACCUCAUCGGAUGGACUGCCUUCCUGUCCAACAUGCUCUUCUUCACAGACUUCAUGGGCCGGAUCGUGUACCACGGGGACCCCUACAGCGCACACAACUCCACAGAGUUCCUCAUCUACCAAAGAGGGGUCGAGGUUGGAUGCUGGGGUUUGUGCAUCAACUCUGUGUUUUCCUCACUUUACUCUUACUUUCAGAAAGCUUUGGUUCCCUACAUCGGAUUAAAGGGUCUUUACUUCAUGGGGUAUUUGCUGUUUGGCCUGGGGACGGGCGUCAUCGGGCUCUUCCCGAAUGUCUACUCCAGCCUGGUCAUGUGCACCUUGUUUGGCGUGAUGUCCAGCACCCUGUACACCGUGCCUUUUAACCUCCUCACCGCAUACCACCGUGAGCAGCAGGAAGAGCAGAGGCAGCAGGCCCGGUGCGGGGGCCCGGACGGCAGCGUGAGAGGGCAGGGCGUGGACUGCGCCGCCCUCACCUGCAUGGUGCAGCUGGCUCAGAUCCUGGUUGGAGGCGGCCUGGGCCUUCUGGUCAACAUGGCCGGGAGCGUCAUCGUCGUGGUGAUCACAGCCUCUGCGGUGUCACUGAUUGGCUGUUGUUUUGUGGCUCUCUUUGUUAGAUAUAUGGAUUAGGUCAAUAAAGAGACAUUGUUCCUAAUCCCAGACACAGUGGAGCGCACGGCAGGAGAUCGAUCUUUUCUUUAGCUCUGCACUGUUUGUAUCUGCCCAUUGGAUGCCGCGUGUUACGACUUCAGCUGCGGUGAUCUGCCCACUCCUCACUCUCAGCCAGCCCUCUGCACAUCCGUUUCCCUAUUUCAGGCAUCAUUUGUCUUAGGAGAGACUGGGCUACGCCUCCAUUCACUGGGGGCAAAGGGCAAGUGUGGGUGAUGGCACCUCCCCGGGCCUUUCUCCGUCCGUCUCAGUGCAGCGGAAUGGAGAGGCAGGGUCUGUUUUCCACAGGGCAUUUCAGGCCUUGACGAAACCUGAGAAGCAGAAUAGCACGUCCCUGUGAUGCUGGGAUUUAUGCUGUGAUGUGAUUUUUUUUAAAACCUGCUGUCCAUGUAUAGUUGGCGGGGGGGAAUAAUAUUUUUCGUCAAAUUCACUGUAACUCAAAAUAUUGCCAAUGAUUUAUUUAAAGAUAUUAAUCCAGUCAUCUUUAAUUCAUAUUUAA